CCUUCCUUCCUUCCUUCCUUCCUUCCUUCCUUCUUUCCAUAUGACGGCAGCUUUUUCGUCGUUGACAGCCAUCUGCGAAGAUUUUAUCACUUCGACUACCAUCUAUCAUCUAUCAUCUAUCAUCUCUACCUUCCGAUUGAGUGACGCUGUAGAGCACCAUUGCCGCCGUCGAAUCUUCAGGGAGAACAACUAACAGCUGUUCACAAAGUUUUCAUCGAGGCAACUCAUCGUGUCAUCCUUMACUGCCACCUUGCUUGCUCAACAACAAAUAUGCUGCAUCCGCGCCUUUCCAUGCUUGUGCCACAACAAAAAGUGUUGCUGCGGACCACAACGCGGGCCCUUCCCGCAGUCGCUCCGUGGACAACAACAACACCAACGACAACGACAACAAUACCAACAGCAACGAGAUGCAAAUCCUCCGCGGUUCCAAAGAUCUCGUCGUCGCCAUCCGCGGCACUGCACAAGCAGAAGCACAAGGAUACCUUCUUUCGUUCCCAGCACUGUACCCAUUGCAAACCAGGACGACCGGGGCAUCGAUCCUUUGCCUCGACGGCCCGGGCUGCGUCGAGYGGAGGCAGCUCCGAACACAUCCGGUCGUACGACAAGCAAUACAUCAACGGAACCUGGAUCGAUUCCACAAACACGGAGACCACCAUCGACGUUUUUGAUUCCAACACCGGARCCGUCGCCGCCACCGUCCCGGACGGGACCGAGGAAGACACGCUCGCCGCGAUUGCCGCGGCGAAGGCCGCACUSCCCGGCUGGAGCAGGGGAACCUCCCUCCCCGAGAGGAUGGAAGCGAUCCAGUCUUUUCUGGGCCAUUUUCUCCAACGCCAGGACGAAAUCUGCGACCGCCUAGCUGUCGAGCUGGGCUGCCCGGCGGGACUUUCCAGGACCGUCCAGUUUGGCUCCUUUCCGUUUCACGGUUCGACGCUGAUGAAGCUGCUCGGAGACGACAACGAAAAAGCCUUCGAAUGGGAAUAUUCCGCCGGGAACUCCACCGUCGUKAGGGAACCGAUCGGUGUCGUCGGAGCGAUCACGCCCUGGAACUAUCCGCUCCACCAGAUCGCUCUCAAGGUGAUCCCGGCCCUCGUCGCGGGUUGCACCGUUGUGCUCAAGCCGAGCGAGGUGACCCCCCUCGUCGCCUAUUCCAUAGCGGAAGCCCUCGACGAAUCCGGCUCGUUUCCGGAGGGCGUCUUCAACAUGGUGGUGGGGGGAGGACCCGAGUGCGGCGAGGUCCUGGCCCGCCACCCGGACRUCAACCUGGUGAGCUUUACGGGUUCCACAAAGGCGGGGCAGAUCCUGGUAAGGGCGGCCGCGGAGAGCGGGACGAUGAAGCCCGUCCGAACCGAGCUCGGGGGCAAGUCGGCGGCUCUGCUGCUGGAGGACGCCGACCUGGAAAGCGUGGUUCCUUCCUUUGUGAAGCACGUCACGGUCAACACGGGCCAGUCCUGCAACGCACUGUCGCGGAUGCUGGUGCCGCGAGCGCACUACGAAGCCGUUCUCGGCAUCGCCGAGGCGACCAUGGAGUCGGAAAUCGUUGGGCCCGGAACCGAUCCGGAAACGACGGUCGGCCCCCUGGCAUCCAGGGCCCAGUACGAUCGAGUCGUCUCAUACAUCGAAACCGGCAUUUCGGAGGGGGCACGGCUCGUCACGGGAGGGGUCCCUAGCAACAACAAAUACGAAGGAGGCGGGUAUUUCGUGGCACCGACCCUCUUCGCCGACGUGACCAACGACAUGACGAUCGCCAGGGAAGAAAUUUUUGGCCCCGUCCUCUGCGUGAUUCCGUACGACGACGAAUCCGAGGCCGUCCGCCUCGCAAACGAGACGCCCUAYGGGUUGAACAACGCGGUGGCAUCGAGCGACGUSAAACGGGCCCUGGGGGUUGCCUCCCAGCUCGAGUCCGGAAUGGUGCGUGCCUAAGGAGUUCGUUUUGUUGGUGGCUUUGGCACGAAAUUUCUGCACCGAACAGGGAGGAAUAACGGCAUUGGCUAGAACAAUCCCUCUACCAACCCUUUUUCGGUCUGCUUCGAUCGUUGCCAUGUCGCAUGCGUUCUAAAUGAAUAUGGAAUAAUGGUUGUACGGUACACUGAAUCCUUUGCUUUUUGUUUCUUUUCUUGUAUUUUUCGAUUUYUCUUGAUUCCAUAUCAACCUGUAUUUAUCAUUAUUAUUGGCUGUCACWGGUCAUGGUCAAUUCCACAAAUGUAGAUGGCGAAGCGCCAUUUGGUGGGUACAAACUAAGUGGCAACGCAAGAGAAUGGGGACUGGCGGGUCUAGAGGAAUUUCUGRUUACRAAAACKUUGAACGUCCCGCUGAGAGAAUACAGAGCUGCCGUAUAC